ACCAUAAAUAGCUAACGUUAGCCAGUUGUUUUGGGAGAAGACAAGAACUGCAAGCGGAAGAAACACCGGAUUUGGUUUCAGGUCGCGUUCUGUUUAAAAGCUUCGUUUAGUUUUUUUACAUAUACGUUUUUGAAGAAUGUCGACCCCGGCGAGGAGACGGCUUAUGAGAGACUUUAAAAGACUUCAAGAAGACCCUCCUACUGGUGUGAGUGGAGCACCGUCAGAGAACAACAUUAUGCUCUGGAACGCUGUUAUUUUUGGACCUGUGGGAACACCAUUUGAGGAUGGAACCUUUAAGCUUCUGAUAGAGUUUUCAGAGGAGUAUCCAAACAAGCCUCCCACAGUCCGGUUUGUGUCCAGAAUGUUUCACCCAAAUGUUUAUGCAGAUGGCAGUAUAUGUUUAGACAUCCUUCAGAAUCGCUGGAGCCCCACGUAUGAUGUCUCGUCCAUACUCACCUCCAUCCAGUCAUUGCUGGACGAGCCAAACCCCAACAGCCCGGCCAACAGUCAGGCUGCACAGCUCUAUCAGGAAAACAAGAGGGAGUACGAGAAGAGGGUGACGGCCAUCGUGGAGCAAAGCUGGGUGGACGUCUGAGCUCCUCCUCACACCCUCUCCUCUCCUCUUCCCUUCCUUCUCCAUCAUCCUCUUUCAUCACCCUAGUACUCCAGUCUCUCAUUUUUACCUCAUCAAGAGAAAAAAACAGCAACUAUAUCAGAAGAAAUCAAGUGCCACCCUGAAGGGGGAAAAAAGAUCCAGAGAACAACCAAACCAGAAAGACAUUAUUAACCUGCUUGCCAAUACAUCUGAGGAAAACGAGGGAGGGGGGAAACAAUCUUACAUUUGUGUUCCUUGUUCUUAAUUUUACUUUUUUUUUUAUUGCAUGAUGUGAAAUAAGUUAUUGCUAACAGAAUUUGUAAUAUAUCUAUGUUGUAUGGCUGGACUGAUGCUGGUAGUUUUACACAUUUUUCUUUAUAAACUUUUUUUUUUUUUUUUUGAUCUCUUGGUGUGAACACACCUUGGCUGUUCCGGAAAAGGGCAUGUUGAUGACCAAAGCUGCCUGUUUUGAAUGUCUGACAAGCAAAAACGCGUUCUAGAAUAUCAUUUCCAUAUCAUCUUUUCUCACAGACACAGUUGUAUCUCCUGUUAUUUUAAGCAGCACUGUAGGUUCAGUCUCUCUGACGUCACUGGAUGAAACAGCGCCAGGCCUCCCUUUGCGCCGAUGAAUCACAGCUCCCUGUUCUCUUCCGCCUGCUCUGAGCUUUUAUUUGAAUCGUGUUCCCUCUGAGGCACAAGAAGAUGCGCUGUGGGGAAUAGCAAAUAUUAACAGCAGAAUGAAAAGGCUGGAUGUUGGCUUUAAAAGAUAGAAGAUAUUUCAGACAGUUCCUACCAUUAUCCUUUUUU